AAUUAAUGGCUGCUUCUCUCUCUCUCUCUCUCUCUCUCUGUUUCUCUUGUAUACUAAAUGUCUGUCAUAGGUUGUGAAUGGAUGGUAUCAUACUGCUGUGAAUGUCCUUGUCAAAGUGGAAAAAGAAAGAGAAGCUUUUUCUUGAGGUUUAAAAGCUGGAGAGAAUAAAGUCUGGCUCUUUAAAUUUGAAGUUUCAUCAAAGCCAAAUUCCAUACUGGGUAUUCUUCUUCACUUGACAUAUAGAGAUGCUUUCAUGUUGGUGAUCAAGGGUCUGGAGCAGAGUUUGGUGAAUUCAUAAUUCUGCCCGUUAAUGCAACUUGUUUUGUAACCAUCCCAGCGAGGAAAGCAACUCAGUGAUUCCGGAUUCAAACUGAUGGCUGAAGAAGGUGAAUCAUAUUCCUAUGAAAACAGAAAGAAUACUCCUAUCUUGAUUUUCUUUAAGGAUCUCAGAUAUGUUUUUAAGUUGGACAAACUCGGUUUAGAAAUAGCGUCGAUUGCAUUGCCUGCAGCACUGGCUUUGACAGCUGAUCCAAUCGCAUCUCUAAUCGACACAGCAUUCAUUGGACAAAUAGGUUCAGUGGAGCUUGCUGCUGUAGGAGUAUCAAUUGCUUUGUUCAAUCAAGUAUCAAGAAUCACAAUAUUUCCACUUGUUAGUGUCACAACCUCUUUUGUUGCUGAAGAAGACACUAUUGGUAGAGCGAGACCUGAAGAAAAUGAGAACAGUCACCUGGAAACAUGUUCACCAACGAAUGGGGAAACUAAACAGUUGUUACCAGAAACUGAUACUGGUAAGAAUGCAUACAACUCAAAACAGGUUGAUGUAAGCUUCGAUGUAGUUGCAACCGGUCAUAAAAAAAGGUAUAUCCCAUCAGCAUCAUCAGCAAUGGUUAUUGGCGGCAUUCUUGGAUUUAUUCAAGCCAUAUUCCUCAUAUCUGGAGCAAAACCUCUAUUGAACUUCAUGGGAGUCAGCUCUGAUUCCCCAAUGCUCAAGCCAGCACAACAGUACUUGAUGUUGAGGUCACUCGGUGCUCCUGCGGUUCUUCUUUCACUGGCUAUGCAAGGAGUCUUCCGUGGGUUCAAGGAUACAAAAACUCCUUUAUUUGCCACUGUGGUCGGAGAUGCAACAAAUAUAAUUUUAGAUCCAAUAUUUAUAUUCGUUUUUCAUCUCGGUGUGAAUGGUGCAGCUAUCGCCCAUGUUAUAUCUCAGUACUUAAUGUCAGUCAUCCUCUUUUGGAGUUUAAUAGCUCAAGUUGAUCUCUUACCCCCAAGUGUUGAACAUCUCCAAUUUGGUCGAUUUCUUAAAAAUGGUUUUCUAUUAUUGAUGAGGGUCAUUGCGGUUACAUUCUGCGUGACCCUGGCUGCAUCAUUGGCUGCACGCCAGGGACCAACAUCCAUGGCUGCAUUUCAGGUCUGCUUGCAAGUUUGGUUGGCAACAUCUCUUCUAGCUGACGGACUGGCUGUUGCAGGACAGGCAAUACUUGCAAGUGCAUUUGCAAAGAAUGAUUAUGACAAAGCUGCAGCCGCUGCAUCCCGAGUGUUGCAGUUAGGAUUGGUUUUGGGGUUGGUGCUUGCAUUCAUGCUCGGAGUGGGGUUGCAGUAUGGAGCAAGGUUAUUUACAAAAGAUGUCAAUGUCCUGCAUCUUAUUGGCAUAGGCAUACCAUUUGUUGCUGCCACUCAACCCAUCAAUGCCUUGGCAUUUGUUUUUGACGGCGUCAACUUUGGAGGCUCUGAUUUUGCCUAUGCAGCAUUUUCUAUGGUUCUGGUGGCUAUUAUCAGCAUCCUAUUCCUGUUUAUUCUCUCCUACACAAAUGGAUUCAUUGGCAUCUGGGUUGCUUUGUCCAUCUAUAUGAGUCUUCGUGCGUUUGCUGGAUUUUGGAGGAUAGGGACAGGAACAGGACCUUGGCAAUUCCUCAGGACCUAAGUGACCCUUAAUUUACUUGAGGCUUCAAUAAUCAAUAGUUUAUGUUUGAUUCAGUAGUUGCAGAAUUCCAUAUACUUGAAAUUUUUAUCUUGAAAUAUUUAUAGAAAGCUCAAUUAGAGUACUUACAUUACCAAAAA